AUGAGAGCAGAGAUGCUCGAAAUGAGGCAAGCUAACGAGCGUCUAACUACCAACUCUACGACAUCGCAGGAGAGGAUCCAUAAAUUACAAGAGGAGUUAGCAUCGUCCAAGGCCUCGAAAGCCCGGCGUCGAGAAAGUCUGAAUGACAUCCCUUAUAUGGGGAAUCUCUCUGAGUCGGAUGAUGAAGAACCUGAAAAUGACGAAGAGCCCGAGGACGAAGAACCCUUGAACAAUGAAGAAAACGACCAAGGUGGAGGAGAAGCAAAUCUUAUGACAAAGCGUCUGACUCAAAUCGAAAAGCAGAACAAGCGCUUGAUGAAGCUCAUGCCAGCUCCCCGAGCCCCAACACCAGGCAUCGUGGAGCAUCCCGACGGCUACGCAGAGUCACCGUUCGUUGAUAAGAUCUCAAGAGCCGAGAGGAUCCAGAAAUUACAAGAGGAGUUAGCAUCGUCCAAGGCCUCGAAAGCCCGGCGUCGAGAAAAUCUGAACGACAUCCCUUAUAUGGGGAAUCUCUCUGAGUCGGAUGAUGAAGAACCUGAAAAUGACAAAGAGCCCGAGGACGAAGAACCCUUGAACAAUGAAGAAAACGACCAAGGUGGAGGAGAAGCAAAUCUUAUGAAAAAGCGUCUGACUCAAAUCGAAAAGCAGAACAAGCGCUUGAUGAAGCUCAUGUCCCAGCUCCCCGGAGCCCCAACACCAGGCAUUGUGGAGCACCCCGACGGCUACGCAGAGUCACCGUUCGUUGAUAGGAUCUCAAGAGCCGAAAAGGACUAA